CCAGUCACUGACUGUGUAACAUUAAUUUAUUCAAGCAGCCUUAAAAUCUCGCGGUGCUACCUCUCAGACAUCUUGCAUUUUAUUAAGUCUGGUUCUGGGCGCAAAAGCGACACAAACAUACAUGUUAACACGUUCCACGUAAACUUCAGCUGCGCCUCUGACUGAAUCCUUCCUCUCCGUUUUCGUGUCCCCGGUGUUAGCGGAUGUGAGGCGGUUGCUCGGACCGAGCCUCGCGUGCCAGUCCCGCCGACUUCAGUCGCUCUCGAACGGGGGCUGUGCGAGAGCUUUGUGCGUCAUCUCCAUCGCUGCCGCUGCCGUUUCUCCGACUUCUUUUUCUCCGCUGAGGCAACAUGGCAACUCCCGCCGCCGUCAACCCCUCCGAGAUGGGCAGCGAGUUGCCAGGAACAGUCGGGAUGCCCGGAGCAGUCGGUGCCGGCCAGGUGAGGAUGGGAGCAGCCGUGUCGGGCCGCGGGGGCAAGCGGAGAUCGGCAGGAAUGGACUUUGACGACGAGGACGGAGAGGGACCGAGCAAAUUUUCAAGGUAUGAUGAUGAUGAUCAGAUUCCUGGUGGGGAUAAGGAGAAAUACGCCAGGGAGAACCACAGUGAGAUUGAGCGACGCCGACGCAACAAAAUGACCCAGUAUAUCACCGAGCUGUCGGACAUGGUGCCCACGUGCAGCGCCCUCGCCCGCAAGCCCGACAAGCUCACCAUCCUGCGCAUGGCCGUGUCUCACAUGAAGUCCAUGCGGGGCACCGGGAACACGUCCACCGACGGGGCCUACAAGCCCUCGUUUCUCACCGAACAGGAAUUGAAGCACCUGAUCCUGGAGGCGGCGGACGGCUUCCUGUUUGUGGUCGCCGCGGAGACGGGCCGGGUGAUCUACGUGUCGGACUCGGUGACGCCGGUGCUGAACCAUCCCCAGGCGGAGUGGUUCGGCAGCACCCUCUACGAGCAGGUCCACCCCGACGACGUGGACAAGCUGCGGGAACAGCUCAGCACUUCAGAAAACUCCAUGACAGGACGGAUCCUGGACCUGAAGACGGGGACGGUGAAGAAGGAGGGACAGCAGUCGUCCAUGAGGAUGUGCAUGGGCUCGCGACGCUCCUUCAUCUGUCGCUUGAGGUGUGGCAGCGCUCCUCUGGAUCACAUCUCCCUCAACCGUCUGUCCAACAUGAGGAAGAGAUACAGGAAUGGACUUGGACCGUCCAAAGAAGGAGAAGCCCAGUACUCGGUGGUGCACUGUACCGGCUACAUCAAAGCGUGGCCCCCCGCAGGUAUGACUAUACCAGACGAAGACACAGAGGCGGGUCAGACCGGGAAGUACUGCCUAGUGGCCAUCGGGAGACUGCAGGUGACCAGCUCUCCUGUCUCCAUGGAUAUGAACGGCCUGUCGGUGCCCACAGAGUUCCUGUCGCGUCACAAUUCGGACGGUGUCAUCACCUUCGUUGACCCUCGCUGUAUCAACGUCAUCGGUUAUCAGCCUCAGGACCUGCUAGGAAAAGACAUUCUGGAGUUCUGUCAUCCUGAGGACCAGAGUCACCUGAGAGAAAGCUUUCAGCAGGUGGUGAAGUUGAAGGGACAAGUCCUGUCCGUGAUGUAUCGCUUCCGAAUGAAGAACCGGGAGUGGAUGUUGAUCCGAACGAGCAGCUUCACCUUCCAGAACCCGUACUCUGACGAGAUCGAGUACAUCAUCUGCACCAACACGAACGUCAAGCAGUUACAGCAGCAGCAGCAGGCGGAGCUGGAGGUUCACCAGAGAGACGGACUGACCGCCUACGAUCUGUCCCAGGUCCCUGUCGCCAAUGUCAGCAGCGGCGUCCACGAGGCGGGGAAGAGCAUCGACAAGACGGAGGCCCUGUUCUCUCAGGAGAGAGACCCACGCUUUGCUGAGAUGUACACUGGCAUCUCUGGCUCGGGAGAUAAGAAGAUGAUGGUUCCCUCCUCCACGGCUGGAGGACAGCAGCUCUACUCGCAGAGUUCUCCUUUCCAGCAGGGACACUCUGGCAAAAGCUUCAGUUCCUCUGUGAUCCACGUCCCUGGUGUGAACGACAUCCAGCCGUCCGGUUCCUCCAAUCAGAAUCUAGCUCAGAUUUCCAGGCAGCUCAACCCGGGCCAGGUGGCCUGGUCAGGCAACCGACCCCCGUUCUCUGGACAGUCCAGUAAAGCCCAGUCCAGUCCAUUUGGUAUCGGCUCCGGCCACAGCUACCAGACGGACCCGGCCUCCUACAGUCCUCUGUCGUCGCCCGCCACUUCCUCUCCAAGCGGCAACGCGUACUCAGGACUGACGAACCGCAGCACGGCCUUCGAUGUGUCGGGGGAGAGCAGUCAGAGUGGAGCCCAGUUCCAGGGUCGUCCCAGUGAGGUCUGGUCCCAGUGGCAGAAUCAGCAUCACUCCCAGCAGACCGGGGAACAACACACACAUCCCAACCCCAGCCAGACAGAAGUCUUCCAGGACAUGUUACCCAUGGCUGGAGAUCCCACCCAGGGAACAGCCAACUACAACAUCGAGGACUUUGCUGACCUCGGCAUGUUCCCACCCUUCUCCGAGUAACCCCCCUCCUCUCCCUUUCUAUCACUCCCCCUCUCAGAACUGGACUAAUGUUUGUAUUCAUCUCUCAUGUUCUCUCGUCUUCUCUUUUAAAGAACGGGUCAAAAGUUUAAGAACAACCUGUUUUUGUUUAGAUUUCCUCAUUUCAACUUCAGUGGAAAAAACCUUUUGAAUGGUACGAAGCAGAACUGGCCAACGGAAACAAAAAAUAAUGCCGAAAUCAGCAAAAAUACUUGCUUUCUUCUUCUUCAGAAGUCCAUGGAGAAAAACAUCACAGCUCACAGGAGUCGUUAAUCCGCUGCCGUCGGUACGUUCACUGGUAUCAUUUUGUGAAGUCGGCGUUUGAAAUUCUUAGUUUGGAUUUACGUGAGUGACAAAACCUUUACCAAACAUGCUUGUGAUAGAGCAGCAGCUCGUGUGUCUCCACAGGCUUAAAAACGAUGAUUUUCUCUAUGGACUUUGGUGUGGGAGAGUAACAAAACCUCACCAAGGCUGUGGAACGAAUGAAAUGCUUGAAGUUAUGAUUUCAAAUGAGCCGAACAAAUGAAGACUGUUUGGUCAGCUUCCUGUAUUUGUUCCCUGCUCGCAGUAAUCUCAUUAAAAAUCGAGCUGUUCUCAAACCUUUGACCUGUGCUGUACGGUGAUGGAUCACCAACACGUGGCUGAUGUGCACUUUUCACUCUUUCACACACACACACACACACACACACAGCAUGACCUGCACCUGUACACAUGCAGUACUCGUUUUCUGACGGACGUUCACUCUCAAGCUUUUUCUAACAGGCGGUGGCGGCAGCAGCAGCGCGACCGCAGAGAUUAUCCCUGGAUUUUUCACACUUCCUCUCGAGAUUACACCUGAUAAGUGAAGGUUUAACUCAAAAGCAGCCGUGACACAUUUUCAAAAUAGUCAUAAAAAAAAAACACUGAUUUAAGUCAUUUUGCCUAUUAUUUGUCAUAAUUGUGUCAUAUUAUGAUGUUAAUGUGAUCAUUUGGGGGGGUUUUGAAAUGUGGUUAUGAGGGACUGACAUGAAAAGCACUGGCUGUUAGUGAAAAAACAUGAUUUUACGUCAGGGUCGUAAAAAAAGGUUCCACCGCUGCCUCCAUCAGUAAGUUGUAGAGUGUUAUUUUGUGAUUUUCAGUGUUUGAAAUCCUUCACUAAGAUUCAUCAACAUUACAUAAGCAGCAGCUGCUGUGUCCUCAUGAGCUAAAAUCACUAAUUUCUCUAUGGACUUUGGUGUGGCGGAGUGAGUGCUUUACAAACCCUAGACUGUCCCUUUAUUAAUAUUUUAGGUUCAUGUUGAGAAAUUCACCCUCGCCGGCUUCUGUCAGCAGGAAAAUCCGCCUGAUAAGCAUUUAUUUAUCAUCUCACGUUUAUUGGAUCGCUCAGCGUUUGGGCGCGGGCCAUGUUGCUAUCGCGUCACUGAGCUGUAAAUAGAAGUUACGCGGCACGUAAUCUGUCAUUACUUAUCUGCUGAGGAAUUCAGUCCGGUGUGAAGUUUCCCCCCCCCAAAUAUUUAAGCUGUUGCUCAACAGGCACUGUGAUCAUGUGUCCGUGUCUCUGGGACACGACGCUCAACCACGCGGAGAAAACACAGCAAAGUUAACGUUUUUUGACAUCUAUAUUUAUGUUUUUGUUUCUGGACGUAAUAUCUGAGGUCGACUCAAGCUGCGAGAUUGUAAAUCAGUGUUAUUUGAAGCCACAAGUUCAAGAAAUACAGUUCACUUCAACUCUGUUUUUGAGGUGAAGUGUUUAAUUCACAAUCCCAAGGAGAUGCACUUCACUACCCACAAUCCUCCGCUGUAAAAGCAACGUUUCUGAUUGGCGGAGCUCGCCGCUAGCGCGCAAAUGUUUUACGGCAACGGCAAAAAUCCGAUUGCCCCCUUUUUAACGCACUGUAAACCAUUGUUUCCAAAUAUUUCUAGACUGUUUUUAAAGAUGGCAAACUGUCGUGGCCCAAAUCGCGAUAUACAUCGCGGCUAGAACAAAUUUGCGCAAUGUCGCUGCUAAUUUUACAGCCACAUCUGUAACACUUGCCGUGUUUUAUCAAACAUCGCAAGAUAUGUGGCAGAAAACUAAUUAAACUCCAUUUUAUGCAUGUUGUUUGAAACAUGUACACAUAAAUCUUAACUAAGGGGUUAAAAUUAAAUUUAAGGUAAAAUUCCUGUUAGCGCAACAAGUGAGCAACCUCACGUGACGAACAGUGAUAAUAAAUGUUGUCAUGUUUGCUUUCAUAGGAUUACUCGUCACGUAAUACUUGAUUUUCGCUCCAAAGCAAACAUUCAAAUUACAAUAAAUCGCAAACACGAGUUAAAUUCAAGAAGAACAGUUGGCCGUCACUGCAAAAUAAUAAUUUGCAAUGGUUUGUGGGAAGUGUCGGUGUCAAAUUUUUUCGUCUCAUGGCUCGUCGACGUCGACUCACCAGGAUUGUUUAGACGUUGAUAAAGGUAGAAACUCGCAACUGGAACAUUUUAAUCUCUACAUAGAACUGUAGCGCCCUCUAUGGGUGGGCAUUCACUGUAAUGCUGUGUUCCCGCCGGAUACGACGCAAAUUUGUCACACGACAACGGUGCGCUUUUCUGUCACGUCGCAAUGGUGUUGAGAUUCUCCGAAUGACGUCUGCAAAAUCCAGACUGCUGUUACGCUGUAGUUCAGAUCACAAGCUGAGCUCUUAUCUCCUGUAGAGGGCGCCAGUCAACAACACUGCUCAUGAACACACACACACACUCUCAGUACAUUUCCAUGAACACUUCAUUGGAGCUACAACGGCAACUACGUCGCGUCAUGGUGAACAAGCGCGUAAACACGUUUCUGACUCCGCAACGCUAGAUGGCGAUAUGCUAACUUUCAUCUCGUUAGUAUUUGGCAGUUUCUGGUCAAUCUACUACCAAAAACCACUUUAGCUGGCAGCUAGCAUGUGUCCCUUUUUUUUAAAAAAAAAAAAAAAUUAAUUUACUGAAUGAAUAAAAUGUGUCCUUCUUUGCAACGCUACGUGGCGACAUCUUUCGUCUUGUCUGUAUUGGGUGUUACGACUUUUACCAAAACAACGUAAGCUGGUGGCCAGUUGUUAGCCUGUACCUGUCCAUCAGGGAAUCAUUUUUGUUAAAUUAAUUGCGUCCAUAAUCUCUGCUACACCAGGUGGCGCUAUGGUAGCUUUCAUCUCGUCAGUAUUUGGCAGUUUCUUGUUGAUUAAAGUAGAUUAGCAUGGUGGCUAGUUGUUAGCAUGCCGUGCGUCAUUCCUUCUUUUUUCUGUCGGGGAAUCAGAUUAUUAUUAUUAUUAGUGUGUCUGACUCCACUAUGCUAGGUGGCACUAUGCUAACUUUCGUCUGGUCAGUAUUUGGCCAUUUGUGGGUGUGGUUUUAUUACAUCAUAGAUGAAAACAACUUUAGUGGGCAGCUAAUUGUUAGCAUGUGUUUUUCUAAAAGGGAAUCGUGGCAAUAUGCUAACUUUCUUCUUGAUCGACCAUGUUAUAGACCAAAGCAGAUUUAGCUUGUGGCUAGUUUGUUAGCAUGUCAAGCGACCAUUCCUCACUUCUAUCAGCAUUGAAUUCUGACGUAGCAUAAUUUCAGUCUCCACAUCGGUCAUAAAAUGCACCGGUCUGGAUUUUGCGAUGUUUUUCUCGCAGUUUUGUUUUAUUAGUGCAUCCAAAUCCGCGUGGGUGCUAACUGUGGAUCACAUGCUUAGCGCCCAGGCUAGUUUGAGUUUAGUUGAACCGCACUGUCUUUGAGAUGUUUUUCUAAGGGAAAUUUCAAGACACUUUAACGAUAAUUUGUCGCGUAAAUGUACCGAGUGUUGCUGAAGACGCUGCUCGCCUGCGCCACCUGCUGCCAACGCCAAACUCAUGACGUAGAAACUUGAAAACGGGACGAUUCCGCGUCCACACGAAACAAAACAAACUCAUCACAGACACACAUGCUAAGCUAAGGCUUAAAGUGCACUUCAUGGAGCUAACCGCUAAUCUCACCAGCCUGCAUUAAAGAAGGGAAAAAAAACGCCAUAAAGUCCAAGCAAAGUCGCAGUAUUUACUCGUGUUAUUUGAUGUUCUUCAGCUCUGGCUCCUCCACUUAAUGACUUUAUAAUCUUUUCAAACUGUUUAAGAGACUGAAUAAAACUUUUUUUUUGUUCAUGACGGAUUGUAAAAUGUUCUCUGACGAACGGACGAAGGAACCGCGAGCAGACAUCGAGUCCUUUUUGCUAAAAACUGAUCUCAAAUUGAUGUUUGUUUGUUUGUUUUUGUUUGUUUUGUUUUUUCCUUUAUUGUAAAUAAUGUGACUUUUUAAUGUCGACUCGUGUUACUUUCACACAGUACAUGUUCUUUUGUGUAGGUUUUAAUGAUAUUGUGUGCGAUGUGACUACAUAUUUAACGGUUUAUCGGUAUUUAGUUAGCGCCUCUCUCUCUUCAUUGUACAUUGAGUUCUAGACCUGUACAAAAUUGUGUAAAUGUGACCCUCCAUUAUUUUUGUGUAACAAAUUGUGCUUGUGACAAUAAAUUCUUAUUGGUUUA